AAAACCUUAAGAGCCAUGCUGGUAUAUACUCCUUGUCAUACUUCAGCAGAGAGGACUAAACUACAGCAACUUCUCAAGCCAAUUGUAGAGACCAUAUUAGUUAAAUGUGCAGAUGCCAACAGUCGAACACGUCAACUUUCAGCCUCAACACUAUUGGAGAUGUGUAAAGGCCAAGCAGGAGAGCUGGCAGUUGGGAGAGAAAUACUUAAAUCUGGGUCUAUUGGUAUUGGUGGUGUUGAUUAUGUCUUAAACUGUAUUCUCAGAAUCCAAACCGAGUCUAGCAACUGGCAAACACUACUGGGGCGACUUUGUCUAAUAGACAGACUUCUGUUGGAAUUUCCUGGUGAAUUUUAUCCCCACAUUUUCUGUGGAGGUGUUUUACAGGCUGAUACUGUAGUAGACAGGUUUAAGAAACUUCUCUCCCUCUUAAAUUUUGCCUUGCAGUCAAUUGACAAUCCCCACUCAAUGGUUGGAAAACUAUCACGGAGAAUAUUUUUGAGUGCAGCAAGAAUGGUGGCAAGAGUGCCCCAUGUUUUUAUAAAGCUGUUAAAAAUGUUGGUUGUGACAAGUUCAACUCAUUAUGCAAGGAUGCGUCGACGUCUGAUGGCAAUAGCAGAUGAAAUGGAAAUUGCAGAUACCAUCCAGCUAGGCAUGGGAGAAAUGUACUUUGGGGAAUGUCGACAUGAAGACUUUUUGCAGCUACCUGUACCAGAUAACUCUCUAGAAGCUAUAGAAAAUAACUCUCUAGAAGCUAUAGAAAGUAAUACUCCUAACAAUACUGUCCAGUUAUCAAGGAAAAGUGAGAAAAGUUUAAGUGAUAAAAAACUGAGUGACAGUCCAGAGGAUGCUUCUGAGAUGCUGGCUGGCCUUGCUGUAGGACUUCCCGUUUCAUCAGUAACUACUGAGCAACCAAAGCCAGCCAUUCAAACAAAAGGAAAAACCCCCAGUCAGUGUUUAAACUCUUCUCCCUCAUCUUGUCAUUCUCAGUCAUUAUCCCCAAUGCUUCCAUCUCCUUCAAACCCAUCUGUACUAGCUGGCACUGCAACAGAUGUCUCUCAACUCAGACCUCAGGGAUUUGUUCCCUGCAAAAUCCCCUCACCUUCUCCUCAAACACAACAGAAACUUUCUCUCCAGUUCCAGAAAAACUGUUCUGAAAAUACAGAACCAGAGAAACUUUUUCCAGUUUUUACUCAAGCCAGGCCAUUGCUAUCCAGUCACAUACACAGACCAAAGCCAUCACGACCCACCUCAAGUGAUGUGAACAAGCAGGGAGAAACCUCAAAAAGCAGUAUGACACUUGACCUGAAUGAUAUUUUACAGUGUGAUAGCAAUAGUAGUAGCAGUGCGGUUAUGCCAAGUGAAGAGACAAUGUUUGCACCAGCAGAUGAGAAAUGUCAAUUGGAUGUUAAUGCAGAGCUCAAUUCCAGUAUUGAGGACCUGCUUGAGGCCUCCAUGCCAACAAGUGAUGGCACAGUUACAUUCAAGUCCGAAGUUGCAGUUCUUUCUCCUGAGCGGGCAGAAAAUUAUGAUACUUACAAAGAUGAUGUAAAUCAUAAUAAAAAAUGCAAGGAAAAGAUGGAAGCUGAAGAAGAGGAAGCUUUAGCUAUUGCUAUGGCAAUGUCAGCAUCUCAAGAUGCCCUGCCAAUAAUUCCCCAACUACAGGUUGAAAAUGGUGAAGAUAUCAUAAUCAUUAAUUUGCAGACACCAGAAACCCUGCCUGGACAUACCAAAGCAAAACACCAUUACAGAGAAGAUGCAGAAUGGCUUAAAGGUCAGCAAAUUGGUCUUGGAGCUUUCUCUUCCUGUUACCAAGCUCAAGAUGUAGGAACAGGGAUGUUAAUGGCUAUAAAACAGGUGACGUAUGUCAGGAACACAUCAUCUGAGCAAGAAGAGGUAGUUAAAGCACUGAGAGAAGAAAUAAGGAUGAUGAGUCAUCUGAACCAUCCUAACAUUAUUCGAAUGUUGGGUGCCACGUGUGAGAAGAGUAACUAUAAUCUCUUUAUUGAAUGGAUGGCAG